UAACCGACAAAAAUUCUUUCUUCUAGCUUACUUUGUCCUUUCCAUGUUCUGUCUUUCUCUUCUGCCAAAAAUCAUAGCGCCUCCAUUCAUUUUCUCAAGAAACAAACACAAACCACCAAACCCCAUAUUCUAUAAAAUUUUAACUCAAACCUUAACCUCUUUGUUUUCUCUUUCUACACGCCAGAGAAACAAAAAAACACUUAAUCAAACCCUUAAAUUAUAGUUUAAAACUUUACUACUUUACCAUGCAAUUCUUAUUAUCAACUUUUCACACCUAAAACUGAUUCUAAUCUUGUGUUUUUAGUGGUUUCGUCAAUCCAAAUGGGUACUGCAACAUCCUCUAUGGCGGCGAAGUUCGCCUUCUUCCCGCCAAACCCUCCGUCGUAUUCCAUAAUUGUCGAUGAAGCAACUGGGAAACUCAGGAUCUCAGAUGUCCACCAGAGAGACGACGUGGAUGUUUUGAAAUUGAACACCAAAAAAGGAAACGAGAUUAUUGCUUUGUACGUGAAGAACCCAUCGGCUUCACUCACUGUGUUGUAUUCUCAUGGAAAUGCUGCUGAUCUUGGUCAGAUGUUUCACAUUUUCAGCGAGCUCAGUGUUCAUCUUAACGUUAGCCUCAUGGGGUACGAUUAUUCUGGGUAUGGACAGUCUUCUGGAAAGCCAAGUGAGCAGGAUACAUAUGCAGACAUAGAGGCGGCCUAUAAAAGUCUUGAGGAGAGUUAUGGAGUUAAGGAGGAAGAUAUAAUAUUGUAUGGACAGUCAGUUGGAAGUGGACCUGCUCUGGAAUUGGCUACACAUUUGCCUCGACUCAGGGCUGUCAUUCUUCAUAGUCCAAUCUUGUCUGGCCUUCGUGUUAUGUAUCCUGUGAAGAGAACAUUCUGGUUUGACAUUUACAAGAACAUUGAUAAAAUUCCUCUGGUCGACUGCCCAGUUCUGGUAAUUCAUGGAACUGAGGAUGAAGUUGUGGACUUUUCCCAUGGUAAGCAGCUAUGGGAGCUGUGUAAAGAGAAAUAUGAACCAUUGUGGCUCAAGGGAGGAAACCACUGCAAUUUGGAGCUCUUCCCUGAGUAUUUAAGACAUCUCAGGAACUUUAUAUCAGCUAUUGAGAAAUUACCCCGCCUUCGAAAUGUAUCUGAAAAGACAGAAGAUCAACCAGAUCAGCCACAGAACUCUACAGACCAGAAAACGGAGAAGUCAAGGCCGAGCACAGACCAUAGAGAAAAGGGUAGGCCUAGCACUGGACAGAGAGAAAAAUCUCGGCUAAGCACUGACAGUAAAGAGAAAUCAAGAGCUAGUACUGACAAGAAAGAAAAGUUGUCAAGAAGAAGCGUGGAUCGUUCAGGAAAGGCAAGGAACAGCUUAGACCACCCAGAAAGAGCUAGAAAUAGCUUUGAC